AAACUUGGAGCGAGCAUAUUUUUACUCCCAAAUGGUACUAUAUAUAGAGGGACAAUAGCCUUUGUGUGGACUGGUGAGACCGAUUGGCAGAGAAGGUGAAGAACGAUAGCAUGGCCCCCAAAAUGGCAAGACACAAGAAAGAAGGAGGAGGCUCGAACGUCUUCUCCAUGUUUGAUCAAAGCCAGAUUCAGGAAUUCAAAGAGGCCUUCACAAUCAUGGAUCAGAACCGGGAUGGCUUCAUUGACAAGGCGGACCUAAGAGACACCUUUGCUGCAUUGGGUCGCAUGAAUGUCAAGAAUGAAGAGUUAGAAGCGAUGAUCAAGGAAGCGCCAGGUGCCAUAAACUUUACGGUCUUCCUCACAAUGUUUGGUGAGAAGCUCAAAGGCACAGAUCCAGAAGAGAUCAUUUUGAAUGCUUUUAGGGUUUUCGACCGAGAAGGAAAAGGUUUCGUAAAAGCAGACUACAUGAAAGAAAUGCUCAUGACGCAGGCCGACCGGUUCACCAACGAAGAGAUCAAGCAGACGUUUAGCGCUUUCCCUCCAGAUCCAGCUGGCAACCUUGACUACAAGAACCUUGUUUAUGUUAUCACACAUGGGGAAGAGAAGGACUAACAGACGUUGAAGUGAUCCGUCAAAAGAAGGUUGUUUACCAUCGCCUCUUCGAUAUACGCCUCAGCUUUGGAGCGGAAGUCUGCAAAAUAAUCUGAAUGAGAUUAAAACCAUGAUACUAAA